AUGACACUUUUGCGCAGAUUCCGCAACGUCGUCGGGACAAAGGCCGACGUCGAGACUGAGAACCCAAACGUCGUUGGCUCGCCGGCUGAGAAGGACGCAGCACACUUCGCCGAUGAAACUAUUCUAAAAGAUGAAGAGAAGCCGAGUGAAGACGCUCAGAAUGGUGUUGAAAAGAUUGAGGCCGUGACUUUGGCUUGGAGCCGAAGCUCCCUCUAUUUGGUCUUGAUUCUUAUAUGGUUUCUGACCCUGGCCAACAACUUGAAGAGUGUCACCAUCAACGCAUUGACGCCCUUUGCGACUAGCUCCUUUGCGGCCUCGUCGCUUCUCACAGUCAUCCAGAUUGUAGCCGGUAGCUUGGGAAGCGCCGUCUACAUUCCCAUGGCGAAAGCGCUCGAUCUCUGGGGCCGCGCAGAAGGCUUCCUCCUCAUGAUGUCCCUGGCCGUCCUGGGCAUCAUUGUCGUGGCGUCGUCGCAGAACCUGCCCACGUACUGCGCGGGCUACGUCUUUUACGCCGUCGGCUUCAACGGCCUCGCCUACAGCUGGGAUGUGCUGGCGGCCGACGUGACGGACCUGCGGAACCGAGGGCUGGCCUUUGCAUUCACCUCGUCGCCCGCCCUCAUCUCGGCCUUUGCGGGCCCCAACAUUGCCGCCGAGUUCAUCGCAAAGGUCAACUGGCGAUGGGGAUACGGCUGCUGGGCUGUUGUCGUGCCCGUGUUUGCCCUGCCAAUCUAUCUUUUGCUCGCCUGGAACCUGCGGAAAGCGAAGAAGCAAGGCAUCAUUGCAGACAAAGGGACCGGUCGAAAGAUGGACCGACAGAAUGUAUUAUGGUUCAUUACCGAGUUUGACUUGCCUGGCGUUUUCCUCUUCGCCGGCGGUCUCGUUGUCUUUCUUCUCCCCUUUACCCUAGCUCGUACCGCUCCUCAGGGCUGGUCCACCCCCUACAUUAUCGCCAUGAUCGUUGUCGGCUUCGUUGUUCUGGCCAUGUUUGCGCUCUGGGAGUGCUACGCCGCGCCGGUCCCAUUCAUGAGCCAAAAGUUUCUCGCCGACCGCACCAUCCUCGGCGCUUGCCUGCUCAACAUGACCUACCAAAUCUCCUAUUACUGCUACGCCAGCUACUUGCAGCCCUUCUUGAUGGUGGUGUACAACGUCGACUUGCAGACCGCAGGCUACGUCGCCAACACUUUCAGCGCGUGCGCUUUCCUCUUUCUAUUUGUCACUGGUUGGCUCGUUCGCUGGACUGGCCGUUUCAAGUGGAUUCUUUGGAUCUGUGUCCCCCUUUACAUCUUUGGUCUGGGCCUCAUGAUUCACUUUCGCCAGCCCGGAGGCUACAUUGGCUACAUUGUCAUGUGCGAAGUCUUCUUCUCUGCUGCUGGCAGUGUCUUUAUUCUCUGCUGCCAACUUGCCGUGCUCUCCGUCGUGGACCACCAGCACGUUGCCUCGGCCUUCUCCUUGCUCUUCUCCAUGGGUGGCAUCGGUGGCGCCCUGGGUAGCGCCAUCUCCGGCGCCAUCUGGACCAACACGUUUUACCCGCAGCUGGAGCAAAACUUGCCGGCGUCCGACUUGCCCAACCUCCUGACCAUCUACUCGACUUACACUGCUCAGAUUGCAUAUCCGUGGGGUAGUCCCACGCGCGAUGCCAUUGUCAAGUCGUAUGGCUACGCCCAAACUAGGAUGCUGGCCGCGGGUACAGCAUUCAUGGUCCUAGGUUUCAUUUGGGUGGGAAUGAUCAAGAACAUCAACGUGAAAAAGAUGAGUCAAACAAAGGGCAAUGUGCUUUAG